AUGGUGCUGGACCUGUUCGGCCUCAUCGGUGCCUACGCCGCCGGCAGCUGCCGGGACGUGAGCACGUCCAUCUACGCCAUGGCCCUGGCAGGUGUCGUGCUGGUCUACGUGGUGAUACAUGUCGUCUUGUUGACGCUGGACCACAAGGACGGCAGCGCGAGCGUGAGAGGGAAUGAUGAAGCUUCCGUUGAAGAGAAAAAUGAUGCGGAGGAGAAGCUCGUGGAGAAGAGGCGCAAGCGGCUGCUCCUCUUCGCGAUCUUGGCCGCGACCAUCAUCUACCAAGCCGGGCUGACACCGCCUGGUGGCUUUCUGGUCCAGGACGAUAGCCAUACCGGGCGACACGCCGGCGAUCCGGUCCUGCUCAACAACUACCCUCGCCGUUACACGGCUUUCUUCUACUGCAACUCGGUGAGCUUCAUGCUGUCCAUCGCGUUCAUCAUCCUCCUCGUGAACCCCAAUCUGUACCGUCCUGCCAUUCGGAGCAAUGCGCUGUCUGUCUGCACGGCGGCCGGGUUGAUUGGAAUCAUGGGCGGCUACGCCGCCGGCUGCACGCAGCAUCUGAAGACAUCCAUCUAUAUCUUCGCGUUGGCGGCAGUGCACCAGAGCAGCAGUAAGAGAGGCACCCGGGGAAGAAGAAGAAGCCAGUGCUGGUGCUGCUGGGGUGGAAAAUGCCAUAGGAGCCAAAGUUCGCCGUAA